AUGGGGCUCAAGUCCAGGAAUGGUGAUGGCUCUGGCUCAGGCAAGAAGCUGCGGGUGGGUUUCGCAGCUGACCCCGAACCUGGGGUGGGGGGACUGGGGCUGAGCUCCGGGGGAGACCGCGACGGCGCUCUGCUUCUGGAAGGACGGAGUAAAGAGGACAGCAGAGCUGGAGCCAAGCAAAGUCUGAGCCUGCUAACCAAACCGCUGAGCAGCCGGCCAAGCAAGCGGAAAGCAACCUACAGAAAACUGCAGAACUUUAUCUACGAUGCGCUGGAAAGACCCGGAGGAUGGGCUCUGGUCUAUCACGCCUUCGUAUUUUUAUUAGUCCUCGGGUGCUUAAUCCUGGCCAUUUUGUCAACAUUCAUAGAAUACGAGACACUCUCACAAGAAUGGCUCCUAAUACUGGAAGCUGUUACCAUCGUAGUAUUUGGCUUAGAGUUUUGCCUCAGGGUUUGGGCAGCUGGCUGCUGCUGUCGAUACAGAGGAUGGAGAGGCCGCCUGAAAUUCAUCAGAAAGCCAUUAUGUAUUUUAGAUAUCAUCGUCCUGAUUGGUUCUGUGGUGAUUGUUGCAGUGGGGACUUUGCAGAACAUUGUGGCGACAUCCCUACGAAGUUUGCGUUUUCUACAAAUACUCCGCAUGUUGCGGAUGGACCGAAGAGGAGGCACAUGGAAACUUUUAGGUUCCGCAAUUUGUUCACACAGCAAGGAGCUCAUCACUGCCUGGUACAUUGGAUUCCUAUCACUCAUUUUGGCCUCAUUCCUUGUCUAUCUGGUUGAAAAAGAUGAUAAUGCCAGAAACAGUACUCAAGACUUCAAUACCUAUGCAGAUGCACUGUGGUGGGGUUUGAUUACCCUGACUACAAUUGGCUACGGUGACAAGACUCCAAAAACGUGGGCAGGUCGUCUGUUGGCUGCAACGUUUGCUCUUGUAGGAGUGUCAUUCUUUGCUUUGCCAGCGGGCAUUCUUGGUUCAGGGCUGGCUCUUAAAGUUCAGGAGCAACAUCGGCAAAAGCAUUUUGAGAAAAGAAGAAAUCCUGCAGCAAGCUUGAUCCAGACUGCCUGGAGAUUUUAUGCCACCAAUCUCAACAGGAAUGAUCUUGCUGCCACAUGGAGAUACUACGAAAGUAUCAUUUCAAUUCCUUUCUUCAGCCAGAAACUGAGUCUCCUGGAACGGGUUCGAAUUUCUGGCCCUAGAGGAGCCACUGUAAAGAGCAAGCAAUUUGCACCUCUGAACACAGAAGGAGGAGAAGAUAGUCCUUCAAAAGAUCAAAAAAGUAUGGGUUUCAGUGACCUUCGAGCUGCAGUUCGUAUUAGGGCUUUUGGAUUCAGACAAAGCUCAGAAGAUGCUGCUGAAGUCGAACAAGAACCCGAGGAUAAGGCUUAUCAAUCUGCUCUCAUGGAAGAAUUGAUCCCUACACUGAAAACUGUUAUCAGGGCUGCAAGUAUCAUGAAAUUUUACCUCACCAAGAAAAGGUUCAAGGAGACUUUACGACCCUAUGAUGUGAAGGAUGUUAUUGAACAGUACUCAGCAGGGCAUUUAGAUAUGCUCUCAAGAAUAAAAUAUCUUCAGUCCAGGAUUGACAUGAUUCUUGCUCCUGCACCACCAUCAACUCCAAAGCAUAAAAAAACAAGCCUAAAAGGAGGGUUUGUAUAUCCUUUUCAACAAUCCCCCAAAAUUGAUCCUGAUGUAGCUAAAGCUUCUGAUCCAGAGGCUGAAGACCAAAGUAUGAUGGGAAGAUUUGUCAAAGUUGAAAGACAGGUAGAGGGAAUGGAGAAGAAGAUUGACUUCCUCGUAGACAUGCACAUUCAGCAGAUGAAUACUCAGCAUUCUGCAUCAACUAGGUAUUAUUCAGCAAGAGGGGCAGGGCCAUCCACAAGGCAGAGUCCAGUAGAUGACAAGGUGGAAGACAAAUACUCUGAGAUUAAACGAGUCAUCUCAAACUAUUCUGAAUCCUGCACCUACAUGGUGCCUCAAAAUUGUUAUCAAGUCCAAGUUGCUUCUGUUGAUCCUUUUAGUUUCUUCAGACAGAAUACAGGAGGAACAAAGUUUACAUCUUUAGCUGCUGAUCUAUCAAGAUUUCCUCCACCUCCUGCUCCAUCAUACACAGAGAGACCGACAGUUCUUCCAAUCUGUUCGCUGACAGACGCACAAGAUAAUGUGUGCCCCAGCUAUCAAAGAGGAGAAGUAACGAGUCCUUACUCAGACAGAGUAACAGUGAGACAUGGGAGAAGUACGAGAGACAGUGAUACUCCCAUCUCUCUCCUUUCAGUCAACCAUGAAGAACUUCAACGAUCUCCCAGUGGCUUCAGCAUCUCUCAGUCUAAGGACGACUUGACUUUUGGGUUUUAUGGGGGAGGAAGCUGGCCAAAAUCAAAACUUUAUUUAGCAGAGGGUGAGACAGACACAGAUACCGAUCCAUACACACCAUGUGGUUCUGCGCCUCUCUCUUCUACAGGAGAAACACUUCCAGACAAUAUAUGGUCUUCAUCAAAUAAACCAGUUUAGCAGGGGUCACUGGUUGACUAAUAUGUACUGUAUAAAAAGAAUCACAUUCCUUGCUUUAUACAAAGCAUCCAGAUCUUAUUGUUACCUGUUUCACUGACAAACAUUGCAUGAAAUGCAUGGGCAAAAUGCUUGACAACUGUUAACAUUUUCAAUAUUCCAAAAGCAAUUUUUUCAUAAAUAAAUUUUGAAAGUUGUAAAGAUUCGCAUGUUAGUGCAUGAGCAAUUUGAACAGUAUUAAUAACAAAGCUACAUCUCUUCUGUGUUAUUGUAUAGUAAUAAUGUAACUUUAAUUCCUACAAUAUAUGUGGGUUAGAAUCUAUGCAGAGAGUUAUUAGGUAUAUUUGUUUUUAACAGUGCUUUGACCUGCAAAUAGACUCUCAAAGAGACAGUGUUCCUUUCAUUAUCCUAGCUAACUAGAUGGGUUUUACCAUGACAUAUUUUUGUUCCGUUUUCUAACUUAACAUGUUGCUGGAACCUAAAGUUUAAGAAAUCUUUUCUGAAUUUUAAAUACAAAAUUAAAUUGAACAAUCUGCUCCCGUAUACAUAUUGUGGAAAACAAGUCACUUAAUAUCCUGUAUGAAAUGCAAAAAUCCCCAAAGCCAUGAUUUAUGGGGCUGGUGGAAUAAAUAAAUAAAGAAACAACUGAUGAGAAUUAUGGUGCUACCUCAUAUGUGGUGCAAGUUUCAGACUUCAUCACGUCCCUGUUGUGCAUGGGUUAUCGAUUUUUACUUUUGAUCCUAAAGAUGCUUUCAGAAUAUUUUGCACCUCUUUAAGUGCACUUACCAUAUCACAGGUUAAAUGUCGAAUGAUCUGCUACCACAUGAAACCUACUGUUAAUUUAGUGAGACUAAAUGACAAGUAUAAUAGUAAUAUAAAUUAACAUUGCUGGACUUUUAAUAAACAUAGCAUAUCACUUUUUAAAUGUUUGUAAUAUGUUUGUGUAGUUCAGAGCUGUGAGCUCAUAUCUUUAUGAAUCUGUAGCUUUCAUGGACGCACACAAAGAUAUUCAACGACAAACUAUUAGAAAUUAAUAGAGCAACAAAUUGAAGAUUAUUUGAAUGAAGCAAUAGAAAGUACCGGAAAUUAACAACUUAGUGCUAAAAUAAUUGAGGCAACUGGAUUGAAAUAAUUCAUUUCUGGAUUGAAUUAAGAUGUAUUUUUUAUGAAACAAUUGAUUAGCAUUUGUGUUUGAUCAAUAUAUUACAUAACAGGUAUAUGUCAAAUCUCAUGGCCUCUUUGCCCUCAGUGACAGCGCUUCCAUAUUGCCACACCAAUUUUCUUUCACUGCAAAGUAAUUUUUUUUUAUUUCAACUUUCUGAUUCCAGGAAACUUGCACAAGUAAAGGUAGUAACCAGAAUCGAAAAGACUGCAUACUAAUCAACAUAUUCCCUGACCACUGGACGCUGCUACCAAAACAUUUAAUAGUUUUCCCUUUAUGCCUGUUAUGAUUAUGUCCAUAAAAACAAUACAUCCAGAGGUAUUUCCCUUUGCCAUUUCCCUCAGCAGGCAUUUGAUGCAUUUUCUAAGUGUUUUCUGACAGCAUGCUUCGCUUGUAGGAUUAUGUUACAAGUGUGUUUUAAAUUUAGAAGCCCAUUCCAUGAGUCUAACCCAUCUAAAACUCUGAAUCAGAUAGGUAGGAACUUUAUUACUGAGGAGGAUAUAAAAUAUUAUCUUUAAAUACCUGUAAAAAUAAUACUGUUCAAAUGAAACAUAUGCAAUAUCUUUCAAAAUUUAAUUUUAGAAAGGAAAGAUGGUAUUAAAAAAAAGUAUUUUUAGAAUGGAUAUAGUGGUUCCUUCAAAUGAUAAUUAGGCCAAGGAUAGCAGUCAUUUGUGACAGUUCAAUUUCACAAUAUUUCCAGUAGUCCAACAUAAAAAGAAAGGAAAGGGAUGUUGUUUCUUUAAGAGUAAAACAUGAAAGGGCCUGCUAUACCUUUUGUAACACUAACACUUUGUUCUACUCUGUUUUUUAUUAAUAUUUCAAACUAUUAAAGGUAAAUAUACUAAAACUAAGAAUAGCUGAUAGGUAUUUGUGCCUUGCCCAGGAGACAUUUUCUUGAUAACUAUAAAUGAGUGGAUACCAGUUUGCUGUUUUAAAUUAAAAAGAAACAUGGUUUUCAAACAAGUGGCCUUCAGUGCUAUUUCUAUGUUUUGUUAUCUAUAUUUCUAAUCAACAUAUUUGAAUUGUUCUUGUAACCUCUAUUCUCAACUGCCUAAUCUUUUGAAAGAUGUAUGGUUGUUUCUUUACUGUAUGUAUU